AUGGCAGACGAAACGACUGAAUUUCAUCUAAGUUGUGUUUACUGUGAAGCAAAAGAUUUUAACACUGGUAGAUGCCGAAUUGCACCAAGGAUAAUUGAAACAAUUGGCGGAAAGAUCAAUUCGCCGGUUCGACUGACAGUUGACUCUGGAUUUGUAUUUUGUUCCUUGUGGCCAAGAACUAAUGGAAACGACAAUGUUAUUCAAUAUGAUUCGCUUGUCACCCUUCCGAACAACGCGAAUACGUGCAAGAUGAACGAUACUUGUUACAAGAAGAACAUAUCAGAAAAGAAUAUUGUUAUCGUUGAGCCUGUGGAUGCAAAAACCGUUGUUGUGUCUCUAUUUUUUCGCAAAGGAGCUGAAGAUUUUGAUCACAACUUGACUGAAGUUGCACGAGAAAUGAAGAGAGAAAGAGUUUCUGGCUAUUUAUUAAGAGGCUGUAUCAUUAUGCAGGGAUGUGUUAUUCAGCCGAAGGAGCUUAGAAACAAUCACAGUUCAUCUAAAAGAAUCGCAAAGAUUUUGAUACUCUCCACAGAACCCUCGACCCAGUACCUAGAGGAUAACCCAGUGAAGGUCACUGAUAAAACAAAAAUUAUUGUUCAGUCAGUCAGCAGGGAAUGUGAGCUUGAAAACAAGAACAAUGAGGUCCUAGCAGGUCUUGAUGAUACAGUGAGGGAACUUCAAGAAGUGUUAAGCUAUCCUUUUCAGUAUCCAAAGUGCUUUGGUCAUUUAGGACUUGAGUGCCCCAAGGGAAUUUUACUGCAAGGAGCUCCAGGGGUUGGGAAGACUCUCCUUGUUAAGAGUGUAACUUCACAGUGCAGAGCACAGUUAAUAACACUGAAUGGCACAGAUGUGUUUGGGCCACAUCCAGGAGAGAGUGAAGAAAAUUUGAGGAAAACUUUUGAGAUUGCAAGGUAA